AAAUUUUAAAAUCAACUUUCUUGUGCAACAUUCCCUGUGAAUCUGAUUUAUUUUGUCUAAAAUAKCUUUUAUUAAAAUGAUACAGUACAUGCGCUAAUUUCUGCGCUCUUAUUUUGAUGUUCCGAGGCGGAAGUCGUGCGUUACCCUUCUGAGCAGCCGCAGCUAACAGUGUUUCCGGUCACUUUACAGCAGGUAGAGUGAGCCAGGUGUGUCAGGAUGGCCGAGCAGUUUUACCUGGAGCUGAGUGAGAACCCCGUUCAGUUUGAACACGCCUCGAGCGUCAAUAACGUCUUCUUCGAUGAAGCUAACAAACAGUACCAUGUCCAAGAUGACCAAGUUUGAGAUUGAGCUGCCCGUCAUCCCCAAACCGGCCAAGCUCAGCCUGUCUGAGAGGGACAUCGCCAUGGCGACCAUCUAUGGGCAGCUGUACGUCAUGUACCUGAAGCAUCAGUGCAGAUCAGCCAACAGUCCAGGAGCUGAGGUGGUUCUGUAUCAUUUACCCAGGGAGGCUCCGUGUAAGAAGAGCCACGUGUUGAAGCUCAACAUGACGGGUAAAUUUGCUCUGAACGUCGUGGACAACCUGGUGGUGGUUCAUCACCAGAGUUCUCAGACUUCCCUGAUCUUUGACAUCAAACUGAAGGAACUGGACAGUUCUGUUAACACGCACCAGCCCGUCCUGCCGGCCCGGUCCAUUCACCCCUACAGGAUCCCUCUGUCAGGUCCAGCUGUGGUCCAGUCUCAGCCUCCGGUUCCGUGUCAYCUCUACUCUUCCUCCUGGAGCGUCUUCCAGCCCGACAUCAUCAUCAGCGCCAGUGAAGGUUACCUGUGGUACCUGCAGGUCAAGCUGCCCCCCACCGUCCACCUGCUGCAGGACAAAGGCAAGCUGAUGGACUUCCUGUUGCGGCGGCGAGACUGCAAGAUGGUGAUCCUGUCUGUGUGCGCUCAGAUUCUGGACGGCCGGGAGAAGGGAAGUCUUCCUGUGGUGGCGACGGUCUUGGACAAGCUGAACCAGGUCUACAAAGACUACCUGGAUGCAGAGCAGAGCUACACGGCGGCCAUGGAGUCCGGUCCGAGUCGAGGCAGCGCCACUCAGAAGCGCCCGGUCAGAACCCAGGCCGUCAUCGACCAGUCGGACAUGUACACUCACGUCCUGUCAGCGUUCACCGAGAGGAAGGACGUGUCCCACAAGUUCAUCAUCGCUGUGCUCAUGGAGUACAUCCGCUCUCUCAACCAGUACCAGAUCCCAGUCCAGCAUUACCUGUAUGAGCUGGUCAUCAAGACCCUGGUCCAGCACAGCCUGUUCUACAUGCUGCACCAGUUCCUGCAGUACCACGUCCUGAGUGACUCCAAACCACUGGCGUGUCUUCUUCUGUCCCUGGAGAGCACAUACCCUCCUGCUCACCAGCUGUCCCUGGACAUGCUGAAGCGCCUGUCGACGGCCAACGAUGAGAUCGUGGAGGUUCUGCUGUCCAAGCAGCAGGUUCUGGGUGCGCUCAGAUUCAUCCGUAGUGUCGGCAGCCAUGACAACGUGUCGGCCCGGAAGUUCCUGGAUGCAGCUCGGCAGACCGGAGACCAGAUGUUGUUCUACACCGUGUUCCGGUCCUUCCAGCAGAGGAACCAGCGUCUUCGAGGAAAUCCUGCCUUCAACCCCGGUGAACACUGCGAGGAACACGUCUCCCACUUCAAGCAGCUGUUUGGGGAACAGGCGCUGAUGAAAGCUGCAACAGUCUGACCAUCAGGGAGGGGUACACCUGAUGUGGGCGGGGCCAAGGGCUGCACCUGUGACCAGCCAGCUGAUCUGUAAAUAUGUGCAUUUUGUAAAAAACAGAAUAAAGACAAAAGCCUGGUUGUGUUGAUUCACACCUUUCCUUUAA